GUGAGCGACGCUGCUUGGGUCCUCAAUUUGGUAGCUAUAUGACGUUUGUGAUUUUAGAAUACCAGCGUGAUGGCGCAAAUCCAAAUAACGUUAUUUUGGACGAACCUUUCAGUAACCGGUUCCUUUACUGAGUAGUAAAACUGGAAAUUAUCAUUUGAUCAGCAUUUAUAUCUCUCAACACAGCUGAGUUUUCAUUACUCCUGAAGUCUGCAGUAGGGGAGAAUGAGUGGGGCUGCGCUUGGAAUAGAGAUUGCCGUUGUCUUUUUUCUGGCUCUUUUUCUUCUGCAUCGUUAUGGAGACUUCAGAAAGCAGCAGCGCAUGGUUCUCUUUGGCACACUGUUGGCAUGGUAUUUGUGCUUUCUCAUCGUCUUUAUACUCCCACUGGAUGUCAGCACGACAAUAUACAAACAGUGCAUCAUUGAUCAUGAAGAACAUGCUCCUUCACCAUCUGUGGGGCCAAGGAUCUUCAACCAGACGACAGGAAACAUGUCCGUUUCACCCACUAUAAGCCUUCAAAAGGCGUGUCAUAUGCCAUGGAGCUACAUUCCAGAUGGGAUCAUGCCUGUGUUCUGGAGGGUUGUGUAUUGGACCUCACAGUGUCUUACAUGGCUUCUUCUACCCUUCAUGCAGUCCUAUGCCCGCUCCGGAGGCUUCUCCAUCACAGGCAAAAUAAAGACUGCCCUGAUUGAAAAUGCUAUCUACUAUGGCACUUAUCUGUUCAUAUUUGGCUCGCUCCUCAUCUAUGUGGCUGUGCAUCCUCAAUGGCACCUCUCCUGGUAUGAGCUGCAGACUAUAGGCAUCACAGCAGCCAACACAUGGGGUCUUUUCCUUCUGGUGCUGCUGAUGGGUUAUGGCUUGGUGGAAAUUCCACGCUCCUACUGGGAAGCUUCUAGCCAGGGACACCUGUUGAUCAAGACCUACUUCAAAGCUGCCAAGCUGAUGGCUGAGAAAGCAGAUGCGGAGGAGAACCUGGAGGAUGUCAUGGAGGAGGUGAGAAAGGCCAAUGAAUCCAUAAAAUAUAACCACCCUUUCAGGAAAUACAUUGACACAAUCCUUAGAAAGUGCCCUAUUGAAUAUCAAGAGAAGAUGGGGAGGAAUAUGGAUGACUACGAAGACUUUGAUGACAAGCAAAACACUUAUCCUAGUGAAAGGAGCCUAGAAAAACUUCACAAGCAGGUAAUUUAUGCUGUACAGAGGAAUAAUCGUACACGUGUUCAGUGGCAGAUUCUCCUCGACCAAGCGUUCCACCUGGAGGAUGUCGCUAAAAAUGAGACCAGCUUAUCACACCAGUUUGUUCAUAGUUUUCCAACCACGGAACCUGCGGGCUGGGUCAACCGCUAUGUCUACACCCCUACUGUAGAGUGGUAUUGGGAAUGCUUGCUGAAGCAAUGGUUUUACCGUGUGCUGGCUGUGCUUCUUUCGCUCUUCUCUGUGGCGGUGGUCUGGUCUGAGUGCACCUUCUUCAGCACUCGUCCUGUCCUCUCGCUCUUUGCUGUGUUUAUCCAGCUUGCUGAAAGAGAUUACAACUAUCUGUAUAUUGAGAUGGCCUGCUUCAUCACAAUCUUCUUCCUGUGCACUUGCGUGUACUCCACUGUGUUUCGCAUCCGUGUCUUUAACUACUACUACCUGGCCUCACACCACCAAACUGAUGCCUAUAGCCUUCAGUUCAGUGGCAUGCUUUUCUGCCGCUUGACUCCACCCCUAUGUCUGAACUUCCUGGGACUGAUCCACAUGGACUCUGCCAUCUCGCACCAGGCGAAGCAGCAGACUGCAUACACAUCUAUCAUGGGUUCCAUGAGGGUGCUCUCGUUUAUUGCCAAUGGCUUCUAUAUCUAUUAUCCCAUGCUGAUAGUCAUUCUUUGCAUUGCCACAUAUUUCAGUCUUGGCACCCGUUGUCUGAAUCUCCUGGGCUUCCAGCAGUUUAUGGGAGAUAAUGAACUGACCUCAGACCUGAUUGAUGAGGGCAGGGAGUUACUACGACGUGAGAGAAGAAAACGGCAGCGGAUGGAGGAUGGGGAGAACAGAAGAAGAGAAUGGAGAGAACGCUAUGGACAUCAGAGGGAUGAAGGAACAUCCAGAAACAGGCCCUGCAUCUCUGAGAUGAAACAAACCAAUUAUGCCGAGACACUCAGUGCCAAUGCAAACAGACAAGCCAAAUACUCUCGCAGUGGCAACCACUCAGAGAGGGACAGCGUUGAGCUCCUGCAGGAUGCAGAACCCUUGGACUUCAAUGCAGAAACUCUCACAGAAGACCCACUGGAAGUAAGCAGGCACACAGGAGGGAGGUACCUGUCAAUGUCCUCCUCCCAGAGUCGAAUCUUUGAUGAUGUGUGAAAGAUAAGAUAGGGGAAUAGAACAGAAGAAGAGGUGGUACUGAUGUUUGUCUUCUUCUGAGUCUAACAUUCAUGUAAGGAGCACUUCUGGUAUUUGUCUGCUGUGAAUGUAGAAUGUUGCAGGACCUUAAGAAGGCACAACAGGCGCAGGGCGUUUCCAUGGCACUCAUGUUUUAAUGUUGUUGUAUCCCUGAAUGUAACAUAAUGUACCUAAUCGUUUUGUAUGGAACACACACGCACACAUAUGCAUGUGUGUGAGUGUACACACACACACAUCUCAAGUGCCACACCACUGUCUGCUUGUUGCAUGUGAAAAAUGUAAUUUUCUCUCUCCUUCACCUUCAGAGUAGCUCUGUGUUUCAGGUAUUAAAGGAUAGUCAGUUUCUGUAUAAAACUGAAUGGCCAAAGCAUUGACUCAUGCUAGGCAUGACCCAUUUAAUAAUUAAUCUAAAAUAAACUUGAGCAACCUUAUCUUGAUUACAUUAAUUUAUUGCUGAAGCAGAGUGCAGGCCAGUGAUUAAUAUUAAGGAUAAAACUAUAGCUGUAACUAGUCCCAGUUCAUCUUAAUUACGAAUUUAACCAUUUUGUAAAGACAGACACAUGCAGGGUUUUGGUGAGAGAGCUUGCUCAGCCACUUUGUAGUGCUUAUAGUUAAUUUGAGAUUAUGAUUAAGACUUUGAGAAUAUUGAGAAAGUUAUUUAAUAGCUUGAAAAAACUGUCUUCUUAGGUAAAGGACUAAAUAAUGUGUCUAUCUGAGACAUCACAACAUAAAGGAACAGGAUGGGGAACAUACUGUUGGGUGCUUGGUCUGAAGACAAUACAUAUUUAAGGAAGUGCUGCAGAAGCAUGUCUUAAUAUUUCAUCCAUGUAAAAAAUUGCUUCUUUUAUGCUAAUUUAUAUUUGUGGUCUUUAUUCAAAAAGUAAUUUUUUAACUCUGUAGAACUAUAGGAUGUUGGUUUGGUGAGAAGGGGUUGUGGGUAGUGUGCAACUCCAAAAUUAACUUUGCCAGGUGCAGAAAAAAAAAAAAAAAACUAAUCACACACUGUAUUACUGCCAUUUUCUUUUCAGUUAUCCAUACAAAUUGAGAAUUUGUUUGGUUUUUUUUAAAUGUCUUUUUUUGGUUUUUUUUGAUAUGUGAAGUUGAUUACAUACUGUACCUCAGCUGUUUGGUUGUUCUUGUUUGUAGUACUUGUCAAGAUAAGUGGCCUUGUGUUAUUUACUAUGGUGAUGUGUCAUCAGAAAAGAAGGAACCUUUUAAGAAUUGUGUUAAAUGCCAUUUUUCCAUUCCAGUGCUUUCAGUAAUGCAAGAAUGCAAUUCAGCUUACUAUUUGUGUGUGUGAAAAGCAAUAUUUGACAGUUGUGUAAAUGUAUGCUAUAUUAGAGAAACGUUACAGGUGUUUGGUUGGUGAAAGAGUCUGAUGAAAAAAGUGACGCCUUCCCUCCCUCUCUCUUUUUAUUUUAAUGACUAAUUAAUAGUUUAUAACAGAUCUGAUGCAGAUUUGCUGUCUGACAGAAUGGCCCAUAGUCAGAAUUGCAACUUGUCAGCAACACCUUUCUAUGCCAUAGACAUUAAAGGCAUCAUGAAACCA